GGGAGCUUUCAUGUUAAAGGACAUCAGUUGUGAAUUGAGGGAAGAGAAAUGGAGGAUGAACAUCAGAUCACAGAUCCAUCGUCAUGCCAACCAGACUGACAUCACACACUUGAAGGACUAUUGAAGUCUGCAGAAUUCAGAAGGAAGACUGUCCUCUGAUUGCGCAGGAGCACCAGGAAGUAUUAGUAAUCCCAUUACCACUGCUCCACCACGAAGGGAAGGGAUUGGUCAAAAGGAGCCCUGAGGUGUCUCCGCCCACCAGUCGUUGUGACAGGAGCAAAGACUGACAGGGAAUAUUCCGAUGAGGGGUUUUGAAUUGUGACCUCACACAAUUGAGGGCGGGACAACAUGAUCUCCCAGGUUCUCCGUUGGCUGGUGCUGGUGUCCUUCAUCCUGCUGACCAUUAGCGGGAACGUGCUCGUGUGUCUGGCGGUGGCUUUCAGCAAACGUCUCCAUCGCGUCACCAACUGCUUCGUGGUGUCGCUCGCGGUGACCGACCUGCUCCUGGGAAUACUGGUGCUGCCCCUGUCUGCCACCCUGGAGCUGCGUGACAACCACUGGCCCCUGGGGGGCGCUCUGUGCAACAUCUACGUGUCUCUGGACGUGAUGCUCUGCACGGCCUCCAUCCUCACCCUGGUGGCCAUCAGCGUGGACCGCUACCUGGCCAUCUCCAGCCCGCUGCGCUACCCCUGCAGGAUGACGGCCGCCCGAGCCGCCCUGGCCAUCGCCGCCAUCUGGGCCAUGUCGCUGGUCGUGUCCUUCCUUGCCAUCCACCUGGGCUGGAACACGGCCGACUUCAGCGUGCAGCACCUGGGCCGGGGCGGGGGGGAGGAGGGGGGGGAGGAGGAGGGGGGGGAGGGGGGGCAGGAGGAGGUGGCCGCCUGCCGCUUUGAGUGGAACAACAACUACGUGAUCUUGGAUGCCUUUGGCACUUUCUACCUCCCACUGCUGCUCAUGUGCGGGGUGUACCUCUGCAUAUUCAAGGUGGCCCGCGAACAGGUGCGCCGUAUCCGCGCCUCCACCCCCUCCUUCGCCCGCAAGCCCCCGGUAACGGUCGCCACGCGGGAGCACAAGGCCACGGCGACCUUGGUGGUCGUUCUGGGCGCCUUCAUCAUCUGCUGGUUCCCCUACUUCACCUUCUACCUGGUGAUGGGCCUGAGGGGGGAGAGGAACCCUCCAGCCAUGGCCCACUCCGUGGUGCUGUGGCUGGCGUACUUCAACUCGGUCCUCAACCCCAUCCUGUACCCCUCCCUCAACAGGGAUUUCCGCAAGGCCUACGGGGAGCUGCUGCGAUGCAGGGGGCCGCGCUUCCGGCAUGGGCCCUCCAUCCUCCGCCUGUCCCCGCAGAACGGAGCUGCCGUCAGCGGAGGGGAGAGGAACGAGCUGUCCAAGGACAGCCAGGCGCAGGGAAGGGACCUCAUGCUGCAGGAGAAUAACAACAAUACGACAUGAGGCCUCCUCACACUGAAGCUGAAACCACCUGGUUAUACUCUGGCUCAGUGGUUAGAGCAUUUGACUGCAGAUCAAGAGCUCGCAGGUUCAAAUCCCCUCCGUACCAUACAGGCUUUUGGAUAAAAGCAUCUACUGAAUAAUUACUUUACACACAUAUACAUGAUCGUAAUCCAUAGCUUCAACAGACCAGUUAUUACACUGUGUAAUGAAAACAGUUUGGGAGGAAGUCCCCUGUCAUAGCUGAAUAAGUAACUUGGAUAAGUUAUCUAUCACCUUCCAUUUGACUCGAGUUCAGACAACACUGAAGGGACAAAGAGAGGAGAAGAGUCAAUAUUAACCAGCUGGCAGUCUUAUCCUCCGGACUGAUCAUUUCCCUGGCUAACCUGACGGGAAAGACUGUUAAAUGUUUCCAGGAGAUCCCUAGUCAACACAGUGCUCACAGACAAUGACAGUGAAUGGGUGACUACCGUGACGUCUGAGUUGAGUUCAGUGGAUACAUGUGUGUGUGUGUGUGUGUGUGUGAGUGUGUGUGUGCCGGUGUGUGUCCAGACCGGAGCAGGCCCAGUCAGAGAUGAUCUGGAAGGCAUCCAGAAUCUUAGCAGACCUGUAUACAAGCACCUGGAAGGUUAACCCUAACCCAUUCAGGGCAACUGAUUCCAUACCGGACACCUGAUCAACCUUCCAAUACGUAUCCCAUGAGGGAGUAGGCCAGUAUGUUCCACAGAGUUCUCUCACAAAUUAAAAAUGACUCCAGCGUGACUU